AUGCCCAAGGUGUGGUCCCUGCCACGCUGGGUCUACGUUACCCAGACCCGCAUGUCAGAACGGUGUCGAAACCCUGAAGAACCGUCGAGGGAAGAUGAGGAGAGAGAGGAGACGUUGCCGCUUGGUGAAGGGAAGAUGACGAAACACUUCCAGUUCAACUGGAGGGUCCCGGUUCCCGAGGCUCUCACCAAGGGAUCUCUCUUCGAUCGAUGGGUCGAGGAGAAGGAUGCCUUUGACCUCGAGCAAGAUUGCUUAUUCAAAGUGGACGAGUAUGGAUUCUUCAUUUACUGGAAGAGCGAAGGACGGGACGGAGACGUUCUGGAGCUGAGCCAGGUCUCGGACAUCCGCGCUGGAGGCUCACCAAAGGAUGCCAGACUGUUGGCACAGCUGCACGGGAAGCACGGCGGCGAAGUGGAGGAACGGAGCCUUACCAUCUGCCAUGGCACGGACAUGGUGAACGUCUCCUAUCAGCACGUCACCUGCCCCGACGUGGACACAGCGAAGGAAUGGCUGGAGGGCCUGCGAAAGAUCACGCACAACAUCAAGGCAAACAACGUCUGCCCCAUGACAUGCCUGAAAAAACAUUGGAUGAGACUGGGCAUGACAGUGGACGUGAACGGGAAGAUUCCAGUCCGGAAAGUAGCCAACACCUUCGCAUCGGGGAAGACAGAGAAGCUCGUUUUCCAAACCCUCAAGGAAGUCGACCUGCCCAGCGACAAGAACGACGUGAUCGAACCGGCCGACUUCACUUUCGAGAAAUUCUACCAGCUAUAUCACAAACUAUGCCCUCGGAACGACAUCGAGGAACUCUUCAAGACCAUAAAUCAAGGGAAAGGGGAGCACAUCACGGUAACUCAAUUCGUGAGUUUUCUGAACGAGAAGCAACGGGAUCCCCGCCUGAACGAGAUCCUCCACCCUUUCUACGACGAAACUCGAGCCCUUCAGAUCAUCCGGACCUACGAACCAAGCGAGGAACUCCAAAAACAGAGUGAGUUACCCUUUUCCCCCCAUUCUCGGUUUUUCUCUUUCUUGGAUGCCUGCCACGAGUUGCUAAGCAAGGACGGUUUGAUCCGCUAUUUGAUGUCGGACGACAAUGCCCCAGUGUUCCUGGACAGACUGGACAUCUACAUGGACAUGGACCAGCCCUUAUCACACUACUACAUCAACUCCUCUCAUAACACCUACCUAACUGGGAGACAGUUCGGUAAUUGGAACCCCGUCGAUGAGGUGGAAGGAGUUCGGGGGAAUUCUGUGUCUGUGCUGAGUAAACAGGCUGGAGUUCAUUACGAAGAUCCGGGGUCCAAGCCCUACUCAGAUAAACAGGAAAAGAGGUGUUUUUUUUUCAGAUGCGUAGAGUUGGACUGCUGGGAUGGGAAAGGGGAAGACGAGGAGCCGAUUCUAACACACGGCAAGGCCAUGUGCACCGAUAUUCUCUUCAAGGACGUGAUUUAUGCCAUCCGAGAUUGUGCCUUCGUGACGUCGGAGUACCCGGUGAUCCUAUCGUUCGAAAACCAUUGCUGCAUGAAGCAGCAGUACAAAUUAGCCAAAUAUUGCGACGAAAUCUUCGGCGAUCUCCUGUUGAAGGACCCUCUCUCCGAGAAUCCGCUUGAAUUCGGGGUUCCACUCCCGGCGCCGGCGAAGCUGAAGAAGAAAAUAUUGAUCAAAAACAAGCGUCUCCCCCCCGACGUAGAAAAACAAGAACUGGAACUCUUCUGGAAGGGGCAAUUCAGUGCUGAGGACGUGGCCGAAGAGAAGCAAGACGCUUCUGCUCCAAUUGUUCCCAUUGUUCCCGAAGUCAAGGAGGGAGGAGAAAUGCCAUUGGAACAACUCCCUCUGGGAACGAUCUACCAAGGCUCAACGACUCUGGUCCAUCCGUGGCUCUCAUCCAUGGUCAACUAUUGCCAGGCCAUCAAAUUCCAGGGGUUCGAUUUCGCCGAAGGCCUUCGUUUUAUUCGUGGUGCUUACUCUGCAGAGACGAACAUCACGUAUCAGAUGUCCUCGUUCGCGGAGACGACGGGUCUGGGCUAUCUGAAGAACCAAGCCAUUGAGUUCGUCAACUACAAUAAGAGGCAGAUGAGUCGGAUCUACCCCAAAGGCACGAGAGCGGACUCCUCCAAUUACCUUCCACAGGUACGUCUACCUGGUGCCUACCCUGUACCUACAUACGCAUCUGAAAUGUGGAUCGAUAUCUUCUGGAACGCUGGCUGCCAGAUGGUCUCGCUGAAUUUCCAGACUCCGGACGUGGCCAUGCAGUUGAAUCAAGGGAAGUUCGAAUACAAUGGGAACUGCGGGUACUUGCUGAAGCCGGACUUCAUGCGGAGAGCAGACCGGCUCUUUGACCCCUUCUCAGAAUCACCCGUCGAUGGAGUCAUCGCGGCUCAGUGCACCGUCCAGGUACGGUCUCAGCAAUCAAACUUUUAUUCUAUGAAACAGGUGAUAGCUGGUCAAUUUCUGUCGGAUAAGAAAGUGGGGACAUAUGUGGAAGUGGACAUGUAUGGCCUUCCCACUGACACAAUCCGGAAAGAGUUCCGAACCAGGCUUAUCCCAGCCAACGGUCUCAAUCCAGUCUAUAAUGAAGAUCCCUUCAUCUUCCGAAAGGUGGUGCUGCCGGACUUGGCCGUGCUGAGGUUUGGCGUUUACGAUGAGAACGGGAAGCUUCUAGGACAGCGGAUCCUCCCCUUGGAUGGUCUUCAGACGGGUUACCGUCAUAUCUCGCUGAGGACGGAAGGGAAUUUCCCCAUGUCUCUACCCAUGCUCUUCUGCAACAUUGAACUCGAAAUCUACGUCCCUGACGGGCUCGAAGACCUGAUGGAUGCGCUGUCGGACCCGCGGUUCUGCUGGUCGGCUCGGGAGAAGCGGGCCCAGCAGAUGAAGGCGAUGGGGAUCGAGGAAUCAGACAUCAACACGAAAGACCUCAAGCUCGAGGAGCUCAAGCUUGAGCCUAUCACGUUGGAAGUCCUGAGAAACGAGAAAGUGUUUGUGAAACUGACGAAGAAACAGCAGAAAGAGGUUGAAGUCCUGAGAAGGCGCCAGCUGAAGGAAAGAGUAACCAUGCAAAAGUCUCAGUGCGCAGCCAUUGACAAGCUCCUUCGAGGAUUCAAAGAAAACGCCAUGAUUGAAGAUCCCACUGUUCAAACCGUUGUCGGGGAGCAGGUGACUCAAUGGACGGAUCUGGUGAGCAAGCAAAAGAAGGAGGAGUUGACUAUGAGGAAAGGCCAUCUCAAGGUCCAAGAAGAACUCCUUCGAAAGCUAAUCGAGACUGCCCAUGCUCUUCAGAUGAAGCAGUUGGAAGAGAAGCAGGAGAGAGAUCCUUGCCUUCACUGGGAACCAUUGUCAAAUAUGAGCGAAGAACAGAAACCAUUCCCUUCCUCGUUUUCUCCUAAAGUUUUUUUUUUCCGUAGAGAGAACAAGGAGAUGAAGUCACGCCAAGCGAGGAUCUCAAUGGAAACUGCCAAGGAAGUGGCGAACGACAAGACACUGAGGAACAAGGCAGAAAAGGAAAGGCGGCUCCGAGAAAAGAACCAGAACAACACCAAGAAGUUCAUUGACGAGAGAAAAAUGGCGGCCAUGAAGCAGGACAAGGAGAAGGAGAAGCUUCGCAAAUCCCACGAACAGCAACUUCAGGAGAUCAUCAAGGAGAUUCAAAACGCUACCGAGGUGUACAACAACGCUGAACUGGAGCACCAGCUAGCCCCCAAGAUCGAGUUUUUCGUGUGAACUAGAGGGGAAACUCAUUGAACGGUGUGCUCGGGCAGCCUCUCCCCACAUUCCCUUCGUGACUAAGAGCGAAGCGUGUUCGUGCCAAAGACUCGAUUACUUAUGAGAGAGUGAUACUUUCGGAUGAUUACGCAUUUCUGUAUUGUUUUCCCUGGUCGGAGCGUUAUGGAAGAGGGUAUUUUCGACGGAAUCGUUAUCGAUCGAGGAUUGAACACCGGGGAGUUGCUCAAGGCGGUCAUGACUUUCAGAAAGAGUCAGGCGUUUCUCGUCUAUUAACGAUUCCUAUCUUGUUCAUUCAUAGUGCUGAGGAACGUUGAUGUUAUAUACCUCAUGUCCAUAACUCUGUCGAUGUGACUCACUUGGCAUGUAAGAAAGCGAAAAGCAUUCCAAGUUUUCUGCGUAGGCACUUUUUCUCGCGGAUCAGAAUUGAUCGGUUUCUUCGAAAGCUGAUCGUUUUGAAAUUUCAGUAAGGUGAAAAUUCGAUUCGAUGCUUGUUAUGCAAAUUCUAUUCACCCCACAACGUUGCCAGUUUGGAGUAGGAAGCAUAACAUGUUGGGGAAUGGUGCCUGUGUCAUAAGAUACAACUGUGUACCGCUGAUAAGAAAAAUGACAUGACUCCCCAACUUGUUGCUACAAAAAUUAAUUCCUCAAUAUUGCUUUCUUUAAUGCUUACCCAAUGCAUUGAGAGUUGAAUAUUCUUUGCAUGACAUCAUCAAGCAUUUUUCGAUAAUACUGACCGCGAAAAUUUCCUCCGCGCGAAAAAGAGGCCUUUGCAGCCUCAUCCUAGAAAGAUAUUCUAGUCGGGUCUGAUCAUUUAUGCAGUUGUUUCCUAGUCAUUCCUUGAUCUCGUUGCUCUUCUAUGCUGUCUUCGUUAAGAG